AUGUGUCAAUUGUUGUUCCAUCAUAUCCUAUAUGAGGUAAUCUAUCUAUAUCACCCUGCACCUAUCUAUCUAUCUAUCUAUCUAUCUAUCUAUCUAUCUAUCUAUCUAUCUAUCUAUCUCACUGUCAUGAGUAAAACCAACCUAUCUAUCUAUCUAUCUAUCUAUCUAUCUAUCUAUCUAUCUAUCUAUCUAUCUAUCUAUCUCACUGUCAUGAGUAAAACCAACCCAUCUAUUCAUCUAUCUAUCUAUCUAUCUAUCUAUCUAUCUAUCUAUCUAUCUAUCUAUCUAUCUAGUCUGUCCAUAUCUAGUUAUCAUAUAAAACCAACCUAUCUAUCUAUCUAUCUAUCUAUCUAUCUAUCUAUCUAUCUAUCUAUGCAUAGAUUAGGAGAGGAAGGAUUGUUUGAGUCAGACAGUAUCUAUCUACAAUGGGGUCAAUCUGUUCCUAUCUAUCUAUCUAUCUAUCUAUCUAUCUAUCUAUCUAUCUAUCUAUCUAUUAAAAUUAGAUUAUUCUUUCUGUUCACAUCUAUCUAUCUAUCUAUCUAUCUAUCUAUCUAUCUAUCUAUCUAUCUAUCAUAUCUGUUCAUUAUCUAUCUAUCUAUCUAUCUAUCUAUCUAUCUAUCUAUCUAUCUAUCUAUCUAUCUAUCGAUUCAAAUUCAAAUGUAUCUAUUCAUUCAUCUUCUAUCUAUCUAUCUAUCUAUCUAUCUAUCUAUCUAUUUAUCUAUCUAUCUAAUCAUUCUAUUUAUCUAUCGAUUCAAAUGUAAGCAUGUUCUGAUCUAUCUAUCUAUCUAUCUAUCUAUCUAUCUAUCUAAUCAUUCUAUUUAUCUAUCGAUUCAAAUUCUGUUCAUUAUCUAUCUAUCUAUCUAUCUAUCUAUCUAUCUAUCUAUCUAUCUAUCUAUCUAUCUAUCCCAUUAUCUAUCUAUCUAUCUAUCUAUCUAUCUAUCUAUCUAUCUAUAUAUAUAUAUAUAUUAUCACUACGGACAGCCGGCCAAUCACUUGGUUGGCCAGGCGUGGGGUCUCUUGGCCGAUCGGUCGAACGGACGAAUGGUCAUUCUACGUGAGGGGCGCGAAAGCUACGCUAAGACAGGCCGACCCAAUCGAUGUGAUAAUGAAGUCACCCCUUGUGAAGGGAGGAACGCAAGCGUGAACCUACAAGGAGAGUGCUUCUUUUUCUUCUAUAAUUUUAAUCAUUCACACCUUUCUUUCUUUCUUUCUUUCUUUCUUUCUUUCUUUCUUUUCAUUCAAUUGUUCAUCCUUUCUUCUUCCUUUCUUUCUCUUUUUCUUUUUUCUUUUUUCAUCAUUCUAGUUUUUAAUCAUUUCUUCCUCCUCCUCCUCCUCCUUUUCUUCUUCUUCUUCUUCUUCCUCGUCAUCAUUCUAGUUUUAAUCCUAGCUUUAUCCAUUUUCUUCUUUAUUUUUCAUAAUUCUAGAUUUUAUUCUUUCUUCUUUUUCCUUCUCCUCUUCUUCUUCAUUCCAUUUUUCCUCAUUUCUUCUUCUUCUUCUUCUUCAAUUUUUCAUCAUUCUUGUUCUCUAUUUUUUUUUCUUUUACUUUUUACCAUAAUUAUUCAUAACAGUCCUUCUUUUCUAUUCUUAGUCGCUUUUUCCAAUCUUUUUCUUUUUCUCCAUUCUAUCAUUCUUUCCUUCGCCAUUCUGUUCUGUUUUCUCCUUCAUAAAAACCAUUCUAUCUUCUUCGUACCUUCUUUCGCUUCUUCAUCGCCCUUUUUACGCCAUUUCUCUUUCUUCUACGACCAAUUCUCUAUAAACACUAAUUAUCUUACUCUCUUUUGGAGGGAUCUAUCUAUCUAUCUAUCUAUCUAUCUAUCUAUCUAUCUAUCUAUCUAUUUUUUAAUUUCCCUUUAUAAGAAAUCCAUUUAUUUUACAUUAGAAAAAUGUGUAUAUAUUAAUUUGUAUAUGUCAAAAGUUAAUAGUGGCAUAAAACCUGAUAAGAAAGAGAAUGAUUCUAGUCUUUUCAUAUCUAUCAAUCUGGGCACAUCGACGGGGUGA